AUGGCCUCGCUAACAACGCUCCCCACCGAACUGCUCACCCAAAUCCUCACCGACCAAACCCUCACCACCAUCGACAUCUCCAACUGCGCCCUCACCAGCCGAAGACUCUACAACCUCACAGCCGACCGAAAGACCAAAUACAGUUUCCACAUCGAUCACCGUUCCCAAUCAACCUGGAAACUAAUCUCCUGCAUCCUCUCAAACCCCAGAAUCGGCCAUCGUAUCCACAGAAUAAUAGUCACAUGGCACCGCCGAAACCCGCACAAACCAAAAUCAUGGACUCCGCAGUGGUUAUGGAAGUCUCAGGAACUAGAACAGAUCAAAUCCAUCUGCGAAAAACAUGGAGUGGAGUUUUUAUACCCUGUUAUCGAAGAUGGGUUUAAUUCCGAAGCUUUGUUACCUUUUUUACUCUGUUUGACACCGAAUCUGCAAUCCUUGGAUUUCGGCGCAAUAGUUCCGAGUAUGAUAUACGGCGGUACAUACUCAGCCGAAACAGCAGUUCGAAUAUUCAAGGCCUGUGAGAGGAAAUAUACGGGACAAAAUUAUAAAGUCCGACAUAACAAUAAGGAUAAAAGAGUCUAUUUUGAUAGUCGAUGGGGUUCUUCCUACAGACGGAACAUCCUAUGGACUUAUUCGGCUCUAAACCUACCUGAGCCCAACUGUAUCCCAGGCUUGUCGAAUCUAAGACAUUUCCGACACGGUCCCAGCGGUAUCUGGCGGAGGAGAUGCCCUGGAUGGCCGGCAGAAUAUAUAGCAAAAAUCCUAUUACUCCCCAAUCUCGAAACCGCCUCGUUCCAUGGAGCCGUCGCAUUCGACCCUACAAAAUCUGGAUGUGCCUAUAAACCGCUUUCUGCCACUUUAGAAUUUACAGCUGGGAAGAAAUCAUCGGUCAAGGAGCUAGAAAUCAUCAAUUGCGACCUGGAGCGUAGUGACUAUUCAACACUCGCGGAGCUUACGGGGUCUCUAGAGGUUCUCAGUGGUUCUAUUCUUGAAUAUUACCACUGGUGGCGGCGGUCGGGGAAUAAGCUCGCGCACAUGAUUAAUACUUUCAAAAAAAGCAAUCCGAGGACUCUUUCUGCAAAUAACAUAUCUGUUAAACGAUCUAAUCACCGGGAUUUGGCAUUCAAAUCGGCGCCGGAUGUUUAUUUUCCCUUCCGGGCACAAGAUGAACGGGAAGAUAUGGAAGAGAUGGCUCAAAGGUUCAAGGAGGAAGAAGAAGGACGAGAGUACUCGGAAAGUCUAAUAUGGAAAGAUGACGAUGACGAAGACGAAAACCAAGAGGAAGAGUAUGACGAAUAUAUCUGCGAUCAUGAAUCCGAGUGCGGUUGUGAUUACUAUUUCUAUAAUACCGAGUAUGGUGGAGAAGAUGACGAUCCGUAUUGGACUGAUCUCGAGGUAGAUGAUGAUGUGGUCCUACGGACGAGGGAUAUCAAGGGAAGCAAGCAAAGAAGUCACUUUGUAAAAGUUACUUGA